AUGGACGCUCGCCAACUUAUCAACAUCGGUCGAUUAUCGACGACAAGCUCGAGCGCGACAACAACAUCGAAACCGCAUUGCACCCCCUUCACGCUUCCCUCGAACGGGGUAUUGACUCUGGGAGUCUCGUCCGUUCUGACCCUCACCGAAGAUGCCAUCUUCAAACCCGAGUGCACCGGGUCGAGCGAAGUGAUCCUCGCUAAUGCUGGUGGCUCGCCGUCGACGAGUCUUGAUUUUCGCGAUCCGUUCUACGCUUCCACCAUUCCAGAAUGCUACGCACUCGCCUCUGCAACGGUGAUAGCCUACAUGCUCGUCAUUAUGCUCUUGAUUACUCCACGGACAUUUUUACAUGAUGGAAUCGUCAUACUAGGACGCCGUGGUUUUACCAAUGGCCCGUCUGGGAGUGAUGCUGGAAUUGGUGUGGGAGGCAGACCAUGGUUACAAAAAGUCGCAGCAAUGACGGUGGCCAUAUCUCUCACAAUCGCGACGGCGGACACCUUUCGAGUCGCUGAGAAGCAGUACCAGGUCGGUUACAUGGACGCGUCGGCCUUGCAAAGCGAAGUGGAGGACGGUACCGAAUUAAAGGUUAUUCGAGUCAUCUCCGACACAUUUCUUUGGCUUGCGCAAGCCCAAACGCUCAUACGAUUAUUUCCCCGACAGCGCGAGAAAAUUAUUAUCAAGUAUACCGCCUUUGCCCUCAUCACUCUAGACGUUCUCUUCAGCAUUCUGAACAACUUCGUUUACAACGGCAAUUCGCGGCCCCGAAGUUUUGUGGAUGCCAUUCCAGCGUUAUCAUAUCUCUUCCAACUCGCUUUAAGUCUACUAUAUUCCGCCUGGGUCAUUUAUUAUGGUAUUACCAAAAAACGCUACGCAUUUUAUCACCCACAGAUGAAAAAUAUGUGUCUAGUAGCGCUUCUAUCCGUCAUAUCAGUAUUGGUACCUACUGUAUUCUUCGUCUUAGACAUAUCGAAGCCGGAUCUUGCAGGGUGGGGGGACUACAUUCGAUGGGUAGGUGCAGCUGCCGCUAGUGUCGUUGUUUGGGAAUGGGUAGAACGUAUUGAAGCUCUAGAGCGCAACGAGAAAAAAGAUGGAGUUUUGGGAAGAGAAAUUUUUGAUGGAGAUGAGAUGCUGGAUACCACGCCUUCAUCAGAGUCGGCAUGGCAGAGGAUCAGGGGCCGAAGGGGGGACAAUGACGGCGACGGUGGGACAGGAGCGACAAGUGGCUCAAGUGGAAGGCGUUGGCCAGGGAUGUCUAGCAUUGCAAACCGCUAUCGAUCACGGGAACCAAAUGUGAAGGACGUGGAAAAAACAGGUGCCCAAUCGACAACCUUCCGAAACACCAAGAAACGUAUUGCUAGAGUUCGGCCCCCAUUGUGGCCUACACGACCUCUCCCCGCAGCAACUCCCGUAAGCCGGACAGAUACCGCUAGUGCAGAGAGUACUGUGUAUGCGGUCCGCUAUCACCCCAUCAGUGAAGCAACACCGCCAGCAAGGGAAGCUAGCAGGCCUGAAGGUGUUGUAGAGACUGAUACCUUGGAAAACACUGCUGCUCCUGCCCCCGAUGCCACCGGAGAAUCAGAAAUGAAUUUUGACAAGCCUGUAACAAUCGAACAGAUGGAGGAGGGCACGGGGGAUGUCCCCGAAACCACCAAGCCAAAUACAUGGCAAAACCUUGCGAAAGUGAAUCCUUUCAGGAAAAAGACUCAAGCGCCGCCUCCUGAGGUUUCCGCGCAGCAGGUCAAAUCAACCGAAUCGAUGGAGAGUCACGGAUCUAACAACAAAUGGGAUGUCCGUGGUCGCUUCGAAGAGUUUGCGGCUACCCAAGCAGACAAGUUUCGAGAUAAGGGCCGACCAAACGACACUGCUGCCCCCUUGCCACUUAUGGUUAUACCCGCCCCUCCCAGACGGCGAAAUCUUCAUGCGACCCUACGAGAGUUGGAAGAGGCUGAAGGAAGACCGAUUCCAGACUCACGUCCGUUCUCGCCAGAGAUCACGGUGACGCAGGCCAGCCAGGAUGACAUCGGUCAUGUAAGACAGCCCCAACGCUUCAGCGAUCCAUAUACCCCGGACGACCUUGGACGGCAUUCAAUACACCAGAGGGGUGCAAUAUCCUUUCUGACAUCAGAGCGGGAACAGCAGAAUAGGCCAGAUAAUGACCUUAUCUCUCCUGUAUCCCCAAUUGCACCGACUGAAGCUUCGAGGGAUAGGACUCUGAGCGCUGGAAGCAGUACGACUCCCAUGCGGACACCAACAUCUUCAUCUCGAGAAGGAUUGACUGUCAGGACUAUUCCAGCCCCGCCUCGUCGGCCUCGAACACCCGAGGACGAUUAA